AUGCUCUUCAGAUCUGCCGUCUUUGUGUUGGCAACGGUUGGUGCGGCCUUUGCUCAGCGGCCAGCUAAUGAGUCUAUCUGCAACUACUACACGACGGUAUUACUGGAAACCAACAAUGCAACAAAUCAAUACACACUCAUGACCCUGCUUGUCAAUACCGCCGUCAUUGGUAACUACACCCAGCCGAAUGUGGGUGUCAGUGUCCCUGGGAUCCUUAAUCCGAAGGGAAUGUACAACGGAAUUAAGGUCAACCUGAUGCCAUACUUCGACGGUAGUCUCGCUUCUACUAAUGACGGAGGCAAGAUGGGCGUCGCGAAGAACUUCCUGGAUGGAGGUGCUGCUGCUCCUCUUAUGAAUAACAUGCCUGCCAAUGACAUGUCAUCAAACCAAUACAAGUUAAUCACUCAUCUUUACGAGUUCUUUGGUAGCCUGCUUGGCUGCUCCAGUGUUGGUAUGAGCGGAUUUCCCGCCUAUGCUGGAGACGCCAGCAUGUAUAAGGUUCACAAGUUCAUGGUUCUCGACCCUUACGAGGUGGGCUACUUCAUUGAGCAGAUCGGCCUGUCCGCCGCUUCUUUUGGUGUCGGGAAGUCGGAUAUUAAUGCAGUCGCCGCAGCCCUUGAAAAACUGUUUGACUACCGCUGCGCACCUAAGACUACUGUCAUCAAGGCACAGGGACCCCAGUACCAGAGCAUUUGCACCAACGAGAAAUGCCCGCUGGCCAUGGACUCGACUUGCGCAGCUCAGCCCGCCAUGGCUCAACCACUUGCUGUCAACUAA